AUAGUAAGUCAAAUACAAUUUUACAUUUGCAAAUAUGAACAUAAUUAUGCGCAGUGUGCACCAAGUACUUUGAUUUAUCGUCCUGUUUCUGUGCUGAAUGUUUACAUUGUGUGGUGGGUUUUAAGGUUAAUUUACGUUUGAACUCCAGCAUUCAUCUGCUUGUUUAACAUCCCACAGUCCGCUUAAUGAACCUUUCAAAUUUUACUGUUAAUAAUAGGAUAAAACGUUCGCGACCUGGGUUGGAAACCCGUUUGAACGACCGCUUUUUGCGCGCCCUGAACGCGUCUCCCUGCUCCUUUAAGGGGGCCGAGCCUGUGCCGCGCGAGCCUUCGCCGUGCUGCUCGUCUACCUGCCGCACACCCCUCCGCGUCGCCUUGAUUGGUCGCCGUGGCAGAAAUCCCCCUGAAUGAUUUCAAACCCGAGUGUUCGGAGGAAGAGGAGGGGGAGCUCGUGCUAAUUCCGAGCAGGGCCGAGGUCCGUCCACUAACGCGGCACCUCGCUAAAGAGGCUUAUCUCAGCGCCGUUGACGGCGAAACGCGUCCAGCACCGCCGUUAAAAAGAAGUUCACUUGGACCGUCUCACGUUUAGUCGGAACCUUCGAACUGGGACUGAAUUAGCGUUUGUUUAUUUGAUCCUACUCUCGGGCUUUUGACGGUUCCCACCUUUUGAAUGGGGGGACGCACAUUGCGAUGCUACGCGGUGCGGCGCUGACGUACGCUCCUGGGAGCGGGACGUGCUUGAAAAUCACUGCUAAAUACGAAUGGUGCGUUCUGUUGGUGACGGUACGUUAGUAGCAGUUUCCGCUGGAUUUUCUCAUUAAACAUUCGCGAGGGCGUUCGGUUCACACCGGGGUUGCCAUAGCACCGCGGCCGUAUUUUCAUCUCCACCGCGGGCCUGUUGAAGAGGACGCACCGACACUCGGACGUACCGGACGAUGCAUUCGUUUUUUAACACCAUUCCCCAGUUGAGGCUUGGCUGAAUGAGCUCUGACCGCUAGUUUCACGCCGACGUCCAGAACGAACCGCAACUCGGAGCCCGGGCAGCCAUGGCCAAAAACCCGUCCGAGGCGCCGAAGGACGACCUGAGCCAGCUGACGGACGACGAGCUGCUGCGCUGCGGCAAAGAGGAGCUGGUCCGCAGGCUGCGGAGGGUGGACGGCGAGAAGAUGAGCCUGAUGAUCGACCACGGCAACAUGAUGAAGGACAUCAACCGGCGGCUGCAGGUGCACCUGCACGAGAUCCGCAACCUGAAGGAGAUCAACCAGAAGCUGCAGGACGACAACCACGAGCUCCGGGAGCUGUGCUGCUUCCUGGACGACGACCGGCAGAAGGGCAAGAAGCUGUCCCGGGAGUGGCAGCGCUUCGGCCGCUACACGGCCAGCGCCAUGUGGAAGGAGGUGGGCGCCUACAUGAUGAAGCUCAAGGAGCUGGAGGCCAACCAGGAGGCCGUGUUGAGGGAGAACACCGAGCUGAAGGAGAUCAUCCUCAUGCUGGACGAGGACCGGAACGGAGCCGGGUCCCGGAGCUCCAUAGACAGUCAGUCCAGUUUGAGCAACCUGAACGGGAGCACGGGCACCGUGCGGGAUGUCGGGGACGGCAGCAGCACGUCCAGCACCGGCAGCGCCGGCAGCCCCGACCACCACAACCACAUACACAAGCCCGCGACGGAGAGCAGCAAGACGGUUCCCACUAUGAGGAGGUCCAUGGACGACCUGUCGGCACCGCACCACCACAGGAGCAUCCCCAACGGCCUGAACGGUGAGUCCCCAGCUCGGCCUCCACGUGUGGACACACAGCUGGAGGCAGCAUGCAGAGCACCAGAAUCAGAUUCCUCCUCCAACUACAUCAGGCAGCUGGAGACGAAAGUGCGGAUCCUGGAGGACGACAACAAUAAACUCCUCUCACAGGCUUAUAGCCGGUAUAGCUUAUCACAGAUACAGACGAAAAAGCAGUGUAACCCAGGUGACCUUCGUGCCCUGAGGAAGGGAAUGACCCUGUACCACUCAGAGUCUCAACUGUCCUCUCUGCCCCAGCGCCAGGACGCCAUGCACAUGGGGACGGGUCGCCUCCCAACCAGCGAGUCUUCCCCUGCCACUGGCUACCUGUCCUGCGUCCAGAAGCCCGAGGCCGUGGUGCAUGCCAUGAAGGUGCUGGAGGUCCACGAGAACCUGGACAAGCAGGUCCCCGAGGACUACGAGGACGAUCUCAGCGAGAAGGAGAAAGCCAUCGUGCGAGAGAUGUGCAACGUGGUGUGGCGAAAGCUGGGUGACGCCGCGGGAUCAAAGCUGUCCGUCAGACAGCACCUCUCUGGGAACCAGUUCAAAGGGCCGCUGUAGGAUGGCAGCCAGCGAGAGGCCUGGAUAGAGAGAGAGAGAACCCAGGAACCCACACUCACCUGAAUCCACCGUGCUACCUGCGCCUACACGACUCCCACUGCCUACAACACCCAGCAUUCCUACAAAAAACACUCUCUUAAGACUGGCUAAGACACAACACGGACCCGUUCAUCCGUUCCUCGCACGUACGACUUUGUGCGUACGACGCGUUUUCAUCUCCGAACAUACGUUGACGACUGGCAGCUAGUUUCACCGGUUCACCACUUCUCCCUUGCUUUGGAGCCGCCUCCUGUUCGAUACACCGCUUUAAAGGUUGGCUGUGUUGCGUUCAAGAUCACAGUGCGACAUGGUUUCAAGCACAGAGCCCAUAGAGGGCGGUGACUCCAGAUACGUUGUAAUAGUAGCUCCCAGCUCCCGUCACACGUGUCACCCCGUAGUGGUCAACGAGUAGAGCUAGCAUUAGCAGUCUGCAGUGUUAACUAAGUGAAACCCACUGUGACCUAGCGCCUUUACUCAUAAGACAAGUCUAUGGAUAAUAAAGUCUAGGCAUCACUGUUAACUUGUGUAUAUAAUAUGUAUAAAACCAUAGCACUACUUCAUUGUUAUAGCUGAUUUUACUUUUAUCUAUUUUGUAUUCUAGCGUGGCCAUGUGAUCAAUUAUAUAGUUUAUACAACCGGACCUUUAAACAGGGUUUGUGUUAGCUAAUACUUUUUUUUAUUAUUAUUAUUUCUUUUCCAGAGCUAUUGAUUCUCUCUGCAAACUGAUAAUGCAUCAAGGCCAUUUUGAAUCAAAUCCUCUCCAUGAGUUAAUGGAUAGAUCGUUGUCUCCUAAACUAUGUAUGCUGUGUGCAUGCUUGACAAUCAUUUUCUCAGGUUGGGAGGGCUACAGCUUUACCUUCACCCGUGUGUGUGUGUGUAAGUGUGUGUGUGUGUGUUGGAGUGAGUGUGUGCGUGAACGGAGACUGCACGUGUCUCUUGCAGCUGUAGCAUCUGCCUGUGAAUUCUCUUUCACUCCAUCGGACAACGGUUACAACGCGGUCGAUGACUGAUGAAGACAUUUGCUGAAUUCAUUAAAUGUUCCAACAAGAGUAAUAAAAUAAUUCUCAAGGCCAAAUAUCAACCUCAGAGUUUCUAAAUUCCUUGUUUAGCAUUUUAUAUGUCAAUAAACAGAAAACAAAAACUAAUUUUCUAUUGACUUGGAUUCAGCAGGUGUAUUUAUGCAGUGCAUGUUUCUUAAAGUUGAAUCUCUUCUUUUUCUUAGAAUACAAGCAAGUCUUCCCUUAGAUGUCUCCUGAAACCACUAACAUUUAAAAUGUUUUGAUGUCAAAUGAGCAAACGAUGUUUGUCAAGUAUUUAUUGCCACGUGUCAGAUAGAGAUGGGAGCGCUGCAAGUGAGUCAUAAUUAAAAAUUCUCAGGUUUCCUUGGAAGUUAUCUGAUUAGUGUAGUGGCUGACAGCUCAGGCUCUCCCAUCUCUAGUGUUAUUUGUUCCAAAUUAGAACAUGAGGCCAUUUAUGACCACUUCUGCCAUGCACCUCAAGUUUUAUCAAAUAAGGUUAAAAUAACAUUUUUUUUUAAAGUGUCCUUUUUUCUAGGAACCGAUUUGAAGAUUAAAAAAAAAACUGAAAUCUUUAUAUAUGGCAUUUGAUUUGAGACGUGCCACUGUUUUUUCUGCAUGCUGUUUUGAUUUGGAACCCAACUGUCUUGUUUUCUUUUUUAAAUAUCUUUAGUGUAUCUUUUUUCUGCCUAUAUGCUAAAACAAUAGUACAGAAUCCUAGCUUCUACAGCCUAAAUGUCAAUUCCUGUAGUAACUAGCAUGGCUGUAACUUCUUUCAGUGAACUCCACUGGUUCAAUGAACAUUUGACAGGUAAAAAUAAAACAUGAAAUAGGCCACUUUUAGAAAGAAAUCUGGAGGAAAAUAAACAAAGUUGGUUAACCCUA